GACUCUCUUAUACCCAUCUUCUUCAAAUGCAAUCAUCUCAUUACAUCUCGGGAAAAUUAUUUGAUUUUUUGUUACUGACUUACUCCAAACCCUUGAUCUCCACUCUCUAUUGAUCAGCUAUAGAAGGACAAUGGUUGAAACGGCGUCGUUUGGGAGGUUUCACUUCAACCACCACCGCCCCGACCUGAAGCGAUGGAUUCCGGCUUUCUUGUCGUCGCACCGAACCCUUUUCACGAUUCUCUGGAUCGCCGCAUUCGCGUCAGUGUUCGUAUGGCAGCGCAACAUUGUCGAAGGGUUAUUGACUUUCAGGAGGGCUCCGGCGAGGCCGCUGCCGAGGCUGAGGCCGGUGGUGUACAAUUUGACUGAUUUUGGAGGGGUUGGCGACGGCGUGACGGUGAAUACAGAAGCUUUUGAGAGGGCAAUCUCGGCGAUUUCGAAGUUGGGGAAGAAGGGCGGUGGUCAGCUCAAUGUGCCCGCUGGAAAUUGGCUCACUGCGCCUUUUAAUCUCACUAGCCACAUGACUCUGUUCCUUGACCAAGAUGCUGUUAUACUUGGGAUUCAGGAUGAGAAGUAUUGGCCACUGAUGCCUCCCUUGCCUUCAUAUGGGUAUGGGAGAGAGCAUCGUGGAGCUCGAUAUGGGAGUUUGAUUCAUGGUCAAAAUCUUAAGGAUGUUGUUAUAACAGGGCAUAAUGGUACCAUAAAUGGACAGGGCCAAACUUGGUGGAAGAAGUAUCGCCAAAAGCUUCUCAACCACACUAGGGGUCCACUUGUUCAGAUAAUGUGGUCAAGCGACAUUGUUAUCUCCAACAUAACUUUACGCGAUUCUCCGUUUUGGACACUCCAUCCAUAUGACUGCAAGAAUGUGACAAUUAAAAAUGUUACAAUUUUGGCUCCCAUAUUUGAAGCUCCAAACACGGAUGGAAUAGAUCCUGAUUCAUGUGAGGAUAUGGUGAUUGAAGACUGUUAUAUUAGUGUUGGAGAUGAUGGAAUUGCAAUAAAGAGUGGUUGGGAUCAGUAUGGAGUUGCCUAUGGACGACCUUCAGUAAACAUUCUCAUCAGAAACCUUGUCAUUCGCUCUAUGGUCAGUGCUGGUGUAUCAAUAGGCAGUGAAAUGUCUGGUGGUGUCUCAAAUGUCACAGUGGAAAACCUUCUUGUUUGGAACUCAAGGCGUGCUGUUCGGAUCAAGACCAGCCCUGGAAGAGGUGGAUAUGUUCAGCACAUAAACUAUAGAAAUCUGACAUUUGACAAUGUCAGAGUUGGGAUUGUCAUCAAAACAGACUAUAAUGAACACCCUGAUGAUGGUUUUGAUCCAAAGGCUCUCCCAAUUCUUGAGGACAUAAGUUUCACUGGGGUACAUGGCCAGGGAGUUCGAGUGCCUGUUCGAAUCCAUGGGAGUGAAGAAAUUCCAGUGAAGAAGGUCACUUUCCGGGAUAUGUCAGUGGGGAUAACAUACAAGAAGAAGCAUAUAUUCCAGUGUGCCUAUGUUGAAGGUCGGGUGAUAGGGACGGUCUUUCCUGCCCCUUGUGAGAACCUUGAUCGGUAUGACGAACAAGGGCAGCUAGUUAAGCACUCAAACUCCCAGAAUGUUACAGACAUAGAUUAUGAUUUUUGAUGAAGCUCUGGGCUCUCAUUUUCUGCGGCUUGUCUUUUGGGAUGUCAAUGACUUCUACGGCUGUGUAGAUCCCCUGGCUGCAAUCAGUUGGAGCAGUUGAUCUUACUACUCUGCUUCUCUUUUUUUUUUUUCUUUUUUUUUUCCUUUUUUGUUCCUUGUUGCCCUUUUUUCACCUUCUUAUUUCCAUGGAUUUUGUAUAUAAGGAAAAUAUUUAGAUGUUUAUAUUUUCCCAAUAUUAUUGAGAAAUGCACAAUACCAAGAGUAUCAAAUGUGAGAGGCUAUUAGAACUGAGUUUCUUUAACUCAUUUCCCCGUCUCCUUUUGCUUC